GUAAAAAAAUAUUGUCUCAUUCUCUAUGGUUUUUAGCGACUGAAUUGACGCAUCGUGGACGCAUAUUCGCGCCGUAUAUUUUUGUUUUUCGUAUAAAAUUUGUAGCCUAAAAUGUCGGGAAUAGCCAGUGCACGUUUAGCCGAGGAGAGAAAAGCUUGGCGUAAAGACCAUCCCUUUGGUUUCGUGGCUAGACCUAUGAAGAAUCCUGACGGUUCUUUGAAUUUGAUGACAUGGGAAUGCGCGAUUCCUGGCAAAAAAGGGACACCAUGGGAAGGAGGAUUGUACAAAUUGCGCAUGAUCUUCAAAGAUGACUACCCUUCAAGCCCACCAAAAUGCAAAUUUGAACCUCCACUAUUCCACCCCAAUGUAUACCCGUCUGGAACGGUUUGUUUGUCCCUGCUUGAUGAAGAGAAAGAUUGGCGUCCUGCAAUUACAAUUAAACAGAUCCUUCUUGGCAUUCAAGAUCUGCUAAAUGAACCCAAUGUCAAAGAUCCUGCUCAAGCUGAAGCAUACACAAUUUACUGCCAGAACCGGCUAGAGUAUGACAAGCGAGUGCGAGCUCAGGCUCGUGCUAUGGCUGCCACUGAGUGAUUAGGCGCCAUUCCUACCAGCAUAGGCCAAGAAGGCACAUCAAGUCUUUAGGUAUGUGGCAGGAGACUGGUUGCAAGGCACAGAACUAACUAGUAGCAAGUGGUGGUGAUAGUAUUUAAGUAACUGGUUGUUUGAUUACCAUCAUGGCUGCAGCAGAACCAGUUAGACAUUUUGUAUAGGAUUAAGACUGUGGGUUAAAGGUUCUGUGUAAGAAUAUUGUGAUUAUAAUGAAUUAAAAGCUGUACAGUUAAUAACUGAAAAUGUCAGUCUUCUGCCACACACAGGUAGCCUUGGGCCCACAUUAAGGAUAAGCACCAAUUUAAUCACAGAGUCAGAAUCCAUUACUUUGACUCUGUGAAUGAAUUUGACUAAAACUUCUUAAUUUAAUUAAUAACUAGAGAUUCCAAUUGAUCACUUCAAUCAUAAAUUUGUUAAAGCUUACUGAUUGUGAUUAUACAAUUUUUGUAAUAAAAAUAUAAUUGAAACAGUUUUGGUUAAUGUUCCACUAUCACUGGAAAAGUCUACUAUUUUUCUUGUAUAGAUAUAAUUUGCAGAAACAU